AUGGUGAAGUGUUCAGUAUUCACUGACACUAUUCGGCAAUUCUACAGGACAACAACCUUACAUGGGUUUAAAUACUUGUGUUCCGAUUUCUUUAUAGAUAGAGUGUGCUGGAUGGUGUGCUGCUGCGCGAGCGCGUGUUGCGCGGGCGUGCUGUGCGCGGUGCUGUGGCAGCGCUUCGCCGCGGUGCCGGCACUCAUAACGCUGCAGGAACUGCGCACAGACCAACAACUGCUGGAUCUGUCUAUUAUAGCCGCAUGCCCUUCAGCUGGCAGCAUUGCGCAGUUAUUCGAGCAGAAUUUAGUUACGGAUGCGGAGAUCAGAAGAAGGCUACCGUCAAUACUCAGCCUCGUACUUCGUAGGAAGCCUCUAGCUGAUAGUCAGGUGACGCUCCUGGACCGAGCGCUGAGCGUUAAUAAUUUGACGCUGACGGAAGCUCUAUUUAGACUGGUACCAGCGUGUGGCACCUUGAUACGAACGUGCCGUUGGUUGACCGUGACGCUGCCCUGCGCGGAUAUCUUCAAGAAAGAGAUGACACACUGGGGAGUUUGCUGCGUUAUGCGACCCAAUCAAAUACAAAUGGCGAACAUUGUGACGUCACAACUGCAGAGAACAAGGAGAUUACUCAUUGCAAUGCAAUUAUCGAAUAAAACCCACCUUGACGGUUGCAAGAUAUUCACAAAGUACCCUAGGGAAGAGUUGAUGGAGCCGACCUCGCUGACUCCUGGCUACAAUUACUUCGGUUACCUCAGCUUCGUGUCAACGUUGGACAACAAAGUGCUGAAGGACAGGUGCAUUUACAGUGAGCUUUAUACAAAGAGCAACUGCAUGAUACAAUGCGUCGAAAAAAAUUGUGGCUGCUCCGAUCCCUUACAACUUAAUGACAUUAACAAUACAUCGGCACUGCCCACUUGCAAUGUGACCAAUAUGAACUGUUUGAGAACGCACAAAGGUAAAGAAAAUUUAUCCUGCAGUUGUCUACCAUCCUGCAGUAAAGUUACAACGGAUUUCUCUUUGGAAUUCAGUCGUAUAAACUCCAUUGCGAACAGCUUCGAGUCCAUUUACACCGGUUUGAACGAGAGCCUCACGAUUGUUUUUAAUCUGCACAUUAUGACCGGCUACUCCAAAAAAUUCGUCGUCAAUCCGACUGAAAUCUGGAUUACUUUGUUGUCUUCUUUAGGAGGAGUUUUUAACAUGUUUCUUGGUGUUGGUUUAUUCAGCGCACUGGAAUUUUUAUUUCUUAUAUUUGUGAAACUACCUCAAGCUAUACGAAAAUCAACAGAAAUGGCAAAACCUCGAGAUAUAACUCGUCAAAAUGUAUAA